UACUUUUUAUACGGUCAAGCCUCUUAUUUUUAUACUCUUUAACAUGAGACAUACUCCUGAAAGAGUAGGUGACAUUUUAAAUCUUUAAGAAACUCAAACCAUCUUGUAAUAAGUACAGGGACUAUGGAAUGUCACAGGUUUUUUGCCCUUUUCACUUUUGAUAAAGCAGAAAGGUAAAUUGUUCUAUAAGAUGCGGGAUCCUGCUUCCCGCAAUAUUCAGUAUUGUUACUGGCUCGAUAUUUGAAUAUUUGAACCAGUCUGUUUUAAAUACAUGUCUACAUCAACAUAAUUUUACCUGCCAUUUUAUUUAAAUAUAUAUAUUUUUUGUUUACGGUUCAAGGGAAUACAUUUUGUUCUACAUAUUAGAGCUGUUCAUUAUGUCUAAUUGGGUUUAUUAUGAUUAUUAUAUAAGUAAAAAGCCUCUUUAAACACUGAUUACGCAUUUACUUUCAUAUGCACCUUGCCAUUAUACUUGUAUCCAUCAUUUCCAUUGGAACAUAGUGUUAUCUACCCUAACACACCCACAGACUUUAUUGUAGUUCUUUACAAAUAAACCCUACUGAGAUAUGGGCCAUGGUACAGUUGAGUCAAUAUUUAAAGAACUACAACGCAUACAGAACUACAUCACCCUAUUUGCUCGGUAUAUGCAUUUUUGCGACACGUCGCAAAAUAUUCCGACAGCCACAAAAGGCAACAACACAAGCAAGGUGGAAGGAGAACACAGUUAGCACUUUUUUCUUAGUGUGAUUUCCAAUUUGACGGAAUAUAUGUCAGGUUUAACAUAAGAUUAAUUACAAACAUGGAGUCCAUGGAAGAAGACAGGUUUGAAGUAAGUGAUGAUCAUAAUCACAACUAUUGUGCGCCCGCCGGUGGGGAUGUCCACACAGACAUUAGGAAGAGCCAGCUGACAGAUGUAACGUCAUCGUUCCCUCAGCCUUUACCUUACUUACCUGCCCGUGGAGUGCGAGAAAGACCAGAGAAUAGAGAAAAGAAUCAUCCGAAGGCCACGAACAACUCGCAGUUAAUGGACUCGGACUCCAGCAGCGACGGCAGUGAAGUGUGCGAGUCAGACAUCCCAGCUUCGGCCGCUUCUGGUGCAGACAAAAUGAGCACCAACUCUACCUCAAAGUUUCUUUUAAAUGCUAUGGCGGUAGAUGAUUACCGCAAAAACCACUGGCCAAAUCUUGAGAAGGCCAUCGAUCUGCUGCUGAUUCAAAAGCCAACAGACCACAUCUCCAUCUCGUAUGCACAGAUAUACAGUUACGUCUACAAGUGUGUGUGUCAGCAACAUUCAGAGCUUCUGUACAAGGAUUUGACGCAGAAAAUCAUUUCUCAUCUGAAUCAGGUCUCCUCACGUCUAGAAGUAAGUCGACCAGAGGACUUCAUAGAGAACUUCAACCUGGCCCUGAGCCAAUACACAGCAUCUCUACAAUGCAUCGUUCCAGUAUUCAUGUACAUGAACAAAUUCUACAUCGAGGCAAAGUUAAACAGGGACCUGGGAGAGGAGCUGAUGAAGUGGUUUGCUGACUAUGUUGCAGAAAAACAUGUCAAGACCCUGAUGCCUCUCCUCACCAGAGCCCAUUCCAUGCCCUUCCAAGUCCAACCGUCAACGAUGGCCAACGUGGUUAAGGGACUCUACAGCCUCCGGCCAGAGUGGGCCCAAUUGGCCCCAGCCCUCUUCUCUGGAUUCAUUCCCCAAAUCCACCCCCCCGCCACGGUGUCCCAGCUGCCCCACUACGCCGCCCACGACCAGAAGCUGCAGCUGGAGCUUUCCAUGAACGGCUUCCCACGUGGUGACCAGUCUCGCAAGCGGUCCAGUGAGGACUCCUAACACCGAGAGGCCGAAUCAGUGGCGUCCGAGUUAAAAACACAAUCUGCCCAGUGUGCUCCCGUGUCCAAGACGGGAAACUGACUCAUUGUAGGUACAUACAUGUGUGUCAGCGUUGUGUUGCGUCCAUUUGCCAGGAACCUAAGCCCACAAAGUGACUGUGAACGACACAAAGUAUAGGGGGGUUGCUAUCUUGAACACAAAUAAAAUGUUCACAUACAAACCUUCCGGGAGCGCCUCCAAACGUGAACUCCAUGCAAACUUAGUCAUAUUUAGGAUACACACCAACUGUAGUCGUGUGUCGGGAACUACUGUGCAUGCUGGGGUUGAUUUUGCCCUGCUCUUUUGUUGUUCAUUUGGAGUAGUGCCUUCCAUGUCUGUCUUUGGAAUCAGGUCUCACGACGUAGGGUGACUUGAUGGUAUUUCUCAGUUCAAAUGAACUCUGUUUGAUCUCCGUACGUUUUUUUUCCAUUUAACACCCUGAUAAUGACUCUUAACUGCUGCUAGAAAGAUCGCUACUAAGAAUAUUUUUUCAAAAUACUACUCAAUAUUUUUCAUUCAUAUAAUAGUUUUGUACAAAUUGAAAGUGAUGAUUCUUCCUUUACCGUUCAUAACAACAUUACUGCUAAUGCGGGCUUACAGAAUGGGUCAUAUCAAGCUUAUUCCAUUGAAUUUGAUUGCUGUCGUGUGUGUGUAUAGACCAAUUAUGUUUUGUGACAAAAAUACUGUGGCAAAAAUACAGAAGCUGCACAGUUAGUGACUUUGCAUUGACUGCUGAUAAUUCCACCUCACUAUCUUGGUUAAACCCUUAUCCAGGCAAAUCCCAAAGACUAUCUCACAGUGUGCCAUUAUUACCUUUUCAUAAUGACACUGGCGUUCAUGUGAUGCGCGAGUCUGGUGUUCUCCUGGUCACUGACUGGCUACGCUGUGUAGCCAGUCACAUGUCACUGAGCUGUUUUCAAACUAACAGGAUCUGAUGGCAUGGGCCAGUCUUCUUAUCACGCAGAACUGAGUUGGAAACUAAUUGUAAAAUCAAUUAACCAUUGGCUUUGCUCACCUUGCCGACUGAUCGGUUGGCAUUGAGGGCUGUCCAAUCAGGUGCCAGACAGAUUCGGAAAUUGGCAGAAAUGUAUUCUUACUAUCCAGGUUACCUUUCUGUGUUGCUCCACAAUAAAUGUGUGUGUGUGUGUGUGUCUCUGUGUGCGUGUGUAUAAUUCGACUCUGCUUUUUUGUGCUUGCACAUGCAGUGAUUGUUUAACACGCUAGUAAAGCAUUGUAAAUACUACUCUGUGCAUGGAAGGCAGACAGCAUACCGUAGCUGCUGCUCCAGAUCCAUUUGGCCAGCUUGUUUACAUGUUUACUGUUUUUCGUUUACACUGUUUUAGGUGUAAUUGAUUGGAUGCUCAGGUUGGCUGUAUAUUGUUUGAUUCAUUCUGUGAAAAUUGGAGAUUGGUUCUGACGUUUCUUUGUGUACAGGUUGUUUCACAAAUAAUAAAAAGAAAAAAUAUAAAUGGUCGUUUCUCAUGGGUUGA